UCUUUCCCAUAAUCGUGGCGGCAAAAUGUAUGCGAUAAACCGGUGCUUUCUAAACAAGAUCUCGUAAUUGUUUGUUAAGUUUAUAAUGUGAAGUGUUUUGAGAAUUUAUUUAAAACAGUAAUUAAAAAAUAAGACAAUUCGUGUGCCAAUAUGUUUUUAUUUAAGUGUGGAAUAUCAGUGUUUAUAAUAUUAAUUAUGUAUACAGAAGUUGUACCAGAAGCAGAAGGCAGUUUAAUGUCUAUGAUAGACUUCCGUUACUUUAGAUGUGUAAUGAAACGGGACUGGCAGUGUCCGAAUGGAGAGAUCAACUUCUAUAUGUUUACUCCGGAGAGACCAUUCCAACAAUGGGUGGACGUCCGUCAUACGAGGCACCUCAAGGAUCACGGCUGGAAGAAGACCAGAAAAAAUGUUCUUAUCAUCCACGGCUUCAAUGGCACCUAUUCGAAGACACCGAUGACCUUUAUACGUGAUGCAUAUCUGUCCCGUAAAGAUUACAACGUGUUCAUGGUGGACUGGUCGCCGCUAUCCCGGUUUCCAUGUUACCUCUCAUCACUCUCCAAUAUGAAAUUAACAGCGCAAUGCACUGCACAGCUGUACUCUCAAAUAACGCAGGCUGGAGCCCUCGCCAAGAUGAUCACAUGUGUCGGUCAUUCUCUCGGAGCGCACAUAUGUGGCAUGAUAUCCAAUCAUCUUACAGAGAAACAGUACAAAAUUGUUGGUCUUGAUCCAGCCCGUCCUCUCAUCAAUGCGUACGGUUCCAAACUGUUCCGUCUGGGGAGAGACGAUGCUCACGUUGUUCAAGUAUUACAUACAAAUGCUGGAUUCCUAGGAGAAAGCGGUCAAGUAGGCCAUGCUGACUUUUGCUUUAACGGAGGCAGAUUACAGCCAGGUUGUAAAGGACAUUUGAUGCGUAUAUCCCGUUGUAGUCACUUCAAGAGCUCUUGCUACUUCGCGGCGAGUAUUCGACGGCGCCUUCGUAUGGUGGCAGUGCCUUGUGACACCACAUGUCCAAAAGAGAGUGGCCGUUGGGGUAUCAAGUUCGAUAGACGAGCGGUGCGAAUAGGUGAAGAUACACCAGAGUCUUCCCGAGGGAUGUACUGCGUGAGCGUAGACCAGGAGGAAGACUGUCCUUUUGAUUAAUACAAAUAAAAUAAUUAUUUAAUUAUGAUUAAUUUUUUUAAGAUAAAUUAUUGUUUUACGAGUAUCUAAAUUAAAUUAAAAUAGUGUCAUUUGUAAUAUAUUUUUAAUAAAAGCUUUAAUCUUAAA